AUGUCUACGACGAAAAAGUCAAAUGGCUUCACAAUGAUUCCUAGAUACAACAUUGAUUCUGAGGAAGACAAUACCAUAAAUUUGAAACGAGUGGUUGGUAAGUCAAAACCGUUACGAUCUCCAGAUCAUUUUAAAACGUUUGAAAACACCAAUACUAUCUCGCAAAAUCAUCUACGAACUCCAUACCAAGAUCGCGUUUCUCAAGCUGGAAUUGAUGAUGCGAUAUCAAUGACCAUGAAUCAAGAUGGCAGUACACAAAGCGAAUUAGAGGAAGUAGAUGUGAAUAAAUCUUAUGUGAAGUUUUUGAAUUCAGAUUUUGAUUACAAUGAUAUUGACAAUUAUGUGGAAGAUAACGAUGAAGAUUAUGAAUUUAGUGAUGGAGAUGAAACGUAUUAUGAUGAUGAGUAUACUGAGGAUGAGGAGGAAGAGGAGAAUUAUAAAUAUUUGGAUGAUUUGGAACGAGAGAAAUAUGACUAUGAAAAAGGUACGAAUUUAUAUGAUGAAAAAAUUAAAGAAAACCAGGCAAACAUUGGAGGAUCAAUACCUUAUGAAAAAUCGAAUCGAAAAACUAUCUUACCUACGACGAAAAGUAAAUCAUUUUCCACUAUCUCAAAUUUCAUAAAAUUUAUCACCAUUGUAAUAAUAUCUUUCAUGCUGACAUUAUUAAUCUUUUUAAUAAAAGAUGGACCACAAAAUUUUAUGUUUGGCUCUUUCGAGGAAGGAAAAUUAACCAAUAAAAUCAAAAAUUUGGAAGAAUUGCUAAAUAACCAAAAUUAUGAAAUAGAAUUUAAAUUCAACAAACUAGAAUCACAAAUUAAUAGUCUAAAACUUGAUGAAAAAUCAAAUGAAAUAUAUCCAAUCACUUUAAAGCAUGGUCAAGUACAAGUUUCUCCUGAAUUUCAUCAAUUUUUGUAUCAAUUCUUGGAGACUUAUCAAUCAUCAAAUAGUAAACCAAUAUCUACACCAGCUUUGGAAUUGAAUGAACUAGUUUUCAACUCGAUAGAAUCAGCUAAAACUGAGAUUGAAACAAAUUUAGAAAAUAAAUUAAAAUUUCUAGAUUUCAACAAAUUAAAUCAAACAGUGCAACCGAAUAAUCCAAUAAUAUUAAACACAAUAAUCGAAUCCGUCUUACAAAAUUCCAAUUAUAUAAAUUACGCAGAUUUUAAUACCGGUGCAAGAAUUUUAGGUUUCUUAACAUCAACUACACAAAAAAAUGAACACUUAAUUAAGAAAUUGUUUUUAGGUUGGCUUGAUUUAUUCAAAACUAAUGAAAAUUUUGAAACAAAUGCAAAUCAUGUAAUAAUCGAUGAUGAUUAUAUAUGGAAAGGUGGUGAUGAAAUUGGUAUUAGAUUAAGUAAAUCAAUUAUUCCAACGGACAUAGUUGUAGAAUUAAUUGAACCAGACAAAAGUGUAGAUUGUGAAAUUGGCUUUAAACCAAAAUCCAAAGCUGAAUUUGAAGAAUUAAAAUUUCCAAUCAUCAAUUCAUCAAAUGUUUACUCGUCAAAGUUUAAAUUUAUUAAAGGUACAAAAUUAGCUAACAAGAUUAAUCAUAUCAAAUUACCAUUAAGGUUUUUAAAUUAUCAAAUAUUUGGUAGGGAUUUAUAUUUUAAAUUUUCUACUAAUGUAGAUUUAAAAAGUAUAAAAGUUUAUGGUAUAAAUGAAUUUAAUAUUGACAAAUUGGAUUCAAAUUUGAAACGACUAUUUGAAAAAAGUGAUGAUAAAAUUGAUGGCAAUAUAUCUAGGGAGCACUAUCAUGGUUCAGAUGAUAAAGUUUAUGAUUUAAAUGAUGAUAUUUAUGUGUAA